ACAUGGGACAGCGCGGUGAGUAGAAAGGAAUAAUAAAUGGCUGUGAGACUCACACUGCCUGUGAUCUUCUUCAGCAGCCACUUCCCGCCAAGUUCCUCAAGGUCAAGGUCUAAAACCUGUUGCUCCUCCUCAGCAUCAUCAUCUCAGAUGGAGUUGAACAACGAAUUCGGGGUAACAAAAUUCAAGGAGUUCCCAUACGUGUCGGCCCCACACAGAAACCUGAUGGUUGAUCUUGUAUCAACGGUGGAGAACCGCCUUGGGUCGCAGCUCCUCCCUUGUAGUCUACCGCCGGAUGUACAGUACUACCAGAACCAAACUGGGUCCGCCCAUGCUUCACUUCACACCAGAUCUGGCAACAAGCCUUCCCACUCUCAGAUUGAUUUUAUAUUAGGUAGCUGGAUACACUGCGAGCUACCAACGGGAGGAGCAUUGAACAUCACAAGCCUUUCAGCCUUUCUGAACCCUUUAACAGAUGCACCAAAUUUUCUUAUUGAACUCAUUCAGAGCAGCCCAACAUCAUUAAUCCUUAUUCUUGAUUUGCCUCCUCGAAAAGACCUUGUCCUCUGUCCAGACUACCUUCACACUUUCUAUGAAGAGACCCAGCUGGACACACGUAAGCAGAUACUUGAGAAAAUUCCUGAGGUUAAACCCUAUAUCUCUUCAUCACUUUACAUCCGUUCCUUAGUCUCUCCCACUGCUAUUAUGGUUCGUAUUGAGACAGAGGCAAGUCAGCCAGGACGAGUGGAGGAGGUCAUAAAAGAUCAUGUGGAUCCCAUUGCAAAGGAAGUGCUGGGAAUCUGGUUGGAUCAAUGUGCUUGUGGGAAGAGAGAAGUGGGAGAGGCAGAGAGAGCUAUUUUAGAAAAGAGGGAUGGGUUGAUUAAGAUCAAGACUAUUGAGGUUGAUCUAGGCUCGAACUUUCCGAGGUUGUUUGGGCCAGAAGUAGCAGACAGAAUCUUAGGAGCCAUGCGAGAUGUUUUCACUGUAUGAGAAGCUAAUUUGGUUAGUGUAUUAUGUAUGUUUUGAAUUUUUGUGUAAAUAAUAUGCCUGUUAACCAAAAAACCAAAGUACAUAAUGUAAUUGUUGAAUAUACAUAUGCUCUCCUGUUUUAUAUUACAA